AUGGAAGUGAUGCCAGGAUUUGAAGGUUUUUGCACGGCGGUGGCACUUCGACAACGACGUGCGGGCGCCGCAGUGCCCACAACGACCAACCCGUACGAGUAUGCGCAGUGGCGCCGUGAGGCGCGGCGACGUUGGGUGGAUGCCCCAGCGAAGGAUGACCGGCUUACGUUUGCGGCGGAGAUCCGGCAGGAGGCGGAGGAGGUGGUGGCCGCCGCAUUGCAAAGCGCCUCGCUGGGGACGCGGGCCCACGCGGUUCCGCAUAGAUUCCUGGCCGAGCGCGAGCAGCGGGCUCUGCUUUCCUCGUUGGAGCUGCUGCUGCGGCUGUACUUUUUUGACUGCGAGAACACGGCCCUGCUGGUUGCCAUACGCAGCCUUUGCGGUGAGGCGGCGGAGCUGCGCAGCAGCGGUGUCUUUGGGUGUGAGCGGGGCACGUAUCCAGAGGUCUACCUUCUGUACGAGUUCUUCUCCCUUAGGAAGCUGCUGCUAAACUGGGAGCGGCUAGGCGCCGAAAACCAACGGACAGCGCUAGAAACGGCGCUGCGCCUGGUCGAGCUCGUAGAGUCUCCGGCGUACGCCACGCUGAAGGCGCGGCUCCGGGCCGCCAGGGAGACGCCACACGCAGUAGCGACGAACGUUGUGAACCUUCUCUCCUGCCUCGAUGCGGCUUGCCGUGACACACCGUACGCGUUUGCGUCCGUCUGCAGACAGGUGAUGGCGGCUGUACAUCCGGACCACGCAGGGCCAACAGGCCGGCUGUCGCCGCAGCUCGCUGCCGAGGAGGAGGAGGAGGAGGAGGAGGAGACUGACGAUGACAACAUUACUUCCCCGGAGGAUGCCUCAGUGGGUCAUGGGGCGUGGGGGGAUCGGAUGCCGCCGACGUCCCCGCCGAAGGCGCACCCGGCCUGCGGCUCUAAGUACCACACGCGGUACUCCAUCCCCGAGAGACACGCCAGCAGGGAGUGCCCUUUUUGCGUGGUGUGCCACAUGAUGGAGGUGCUGUUCAACGGGUACACGAGGACGUGCGGCUGGGGGCAUGGCCCGACAGAACGUCGCAUCGCGUUUCACCUCAAGCGGCAUCCGCGCGUCUACGACGUCGCGCUGCAGCGCCUUGCAAGCUGGCGACAAGGCGUCCCCCUGCCCCCGUACGACGGUGUCGUGUAG